GGGAACAGCUGCGGCAUUAGGUUCGCGCAGGAUCUCGCUGCAUUGCGAUUGAACGCCUCGAAUCGUUUCUCCACCGAAACCCGGAGUCGAGCCGCUCGAAGCAGCCCAGCAUCACCUCCAACAUGGUCGACCGCGAGCAGCUGGUGCAGAAAGCCAGGCUGGCUGAGCAGGCGGAGAGGUACGACGACAUGGCAGCUGCCAUGAAAUCGGUAACGGAGCUGAACGAGGCUCUGUCCAAUGAGGAGCGGAACCUCCUGUCCGUGGCCUAUAAGAACGUGGUGGGCGCCCGCCGCUCCUCCUGGAGGGUGAUCUCCAGCAUCGAGCAGAAGACCUCCGCCGACGGCAACGAGAAGAAGAUCGAGAUGGUGAGGGCCUACCGGGAGAAGAUCGAGAAGGAGCUGGAGGCCGUGUGCCAGGACGUGCUCAACCUGCUGGACAACUUCCUGAUCAAGAACUGCAGCGAGACGCAGCACGAGAGCAAGGUCUUCUACCUGAAGAUGAAGGGCGACUACUACCGGUACCUGGCCGAGGUGGCCACGGGCGAGAAGAGGGCCACGGUGGUGGAGUCGUCGGAGAAGGCCUACAACGAGGCCCAUGAGAUCAGCAAGGAGCACAUGCAGCCCACCCACCCCAUCCGCCUGGGCCUGGCCCUCAACUACUCUGUGUUUUACUACGAGAUCCAGAACGCGCCGGAGCAGGCCUGCCACCUGGCCAAGACCGCCUUCGACGACGCCAUCGCCGAGCUCGACACCCUCAACGAGGACUCCUACAAAGACUCCACGCUCAUCAUGCAGCUGCUCCGAGACAACUUGACACUGUGGACAAGUGACCAGCAGGACGACGAGGGCGGGGAGGGCAACAAUUAAAGAGAAAACCACACCUCGAUUUCAAAAAAAUACGAAGGGCCGGUGGACUUUGGCAGCCGCUUUUGCCGAUGAUGCUACCGCAGCAGCAGUUCUUUAUUUUUCCAUGUGUUAAAAGAAAAGAAUCAAAAGAGAGGUGAGAGUGGAGGUUAAAUCUUAGUUUAAAUAUAUAUAGAAAUAUAUAUACCGUUGGAAGGGGCCUCCGUCUUCUUGAUUUUCUCUUUGACAUUUGCCAAAACCGCUGAUCAGUCAGUCAGUCAGCCUGAAGUGGUUGUUGUUGGAUUGAAAUGGCAGCCUCACACUGGCAUCGGAACUGAUCUUGUUCUGUCAAGAUAAGCUGCUUAGUUAGGUUUUUUGCGUGAUAGAGAUGCAUUUGAGUCACUUGAGAGAGAAAAUGCUUGAAUGGGAAUGCCUCACCAAACUAGUUUGCAUUGGUUCCAGUCGUGGUCCGUCUCGGAGCGAAGGGCCCUGAACGCCACUGCUGAGAAACUCACACUAACAAAAGAAGCAAAAACAAGAGCAAAAUCACAACUAGUAUCCAAAAAACAGAACCCCGUUAUUUAGAGUUAAAACAAGGAGUGGAAAACCUAAAUUGACCCCCCCUGAAGUGUAUUUGGCACCUUGCAGAUUAGCCCGUUAGUCCCUGGAACCAUCGAUUCUUUUGGAGGUGAAGAUUAUUAAAGGCAGAGACUUAAUGAUAUUAAACAAAAAAAAAAUACAAUAAAAUAAAAUAAAAAAAAAGACAAAAUAAAAUAAAAGCAGCUUCAGAGUUUGUGGUUUACUUCUGUGUUUGUUUUAUUAAAUGCACUUGCCUACUAUACUGUUUCUUCAGUGUAAGAUGAUGACGACAAUAAUAUCGAUUAUUCAAUAUUGUGCAUGCUGGUGAUGUAUUUAUAUACAGUAGCUUGACUUUAUUAACUUAUACUGUGGGUGUUAAGUAUUCAUAUGAUUGAGAAAAACAGGCUUUGUCUGAUGUUGAUUUCUAAGUUCUAAUUUAUUUUUGUUUUGUUAUGGUUUUUUGAUUUGCUAUACCAAAAUGGUGAUCGUAAAAAUUGACCUGUAAUGGGCGUUGCUAUAGUGACAUGCAAUAUGUGUAUUUAAUUUGUUAAUGAAAGACGUUAAAAAAAAGGAAGAUAAAAACCCACCAGUGAUCACUUAAUCUUAUCAUCUGGUGUUUGUCACAUUGAAGUAUGAUUCUGAUAUAUUUUGUUCUUUGAACAGUAUUUAAGUACUUUUUUCUGUCAUGCUAUCCAGUUUUAAUAAUGGUGAAGUUUCCAGGCUCAAUGUUUCUGUUAUGAAUUCACA